AUGGCGAACUUGGCCACUAAAGCGCUAGGCUCGGCAUCGAGAGCUGCCGCCCACAUCUCCCCCGACGCUGUUCCGAUCCCCGCGAUACCGACCGCUUUGCGAACCUCUCGCGUGGGCACUCCGUUGAAUCUGCCAGAUGAUGCUCUGCGGCUUCAGAAGGAGAGCGCAGCAGUCCGCCCAAAUCGAUAUACGGCUCUAGCGACGAGAGCAAGGUCGUGUCCCGCACAGACACGGCUAUGCGGAGCCCGCGGGGUAUCUCGCGACACCAUCGUUGACUUGCCUCCAAGACAUGCGCUGCCGGCUACCAGGCGGGAUUUCCAUACGUACUUUGUCACUCAUCUGCCGUCUUCCUCCCUACAUCCAGACUCUGGCCGGCUAUACGGGUCCGGCCACAAGCUCCCCCGCGAUGCCUCGACACCCCAUACCCCAAGUCCCGGGUCUUCCCCCGCUGUCUCGAUACCAAACAUGCCUAGUCAAAACAUGACUGUCGUGAGGAUACCUUUGCGGCGGGCUAAGCAUCACUUUGGUACAGCAACUGCCCGAGGCAAUCGUCCUUAUAACGAGGAUUCAGACCAGGCGGGGAUUGUUGACAUGCCGGCUUUUGCAAAGAGGGCGCCGACAAGCGUGAGGCAGAAGCCGGGAGAGCCCACUGCGGCAGACAGCGCUCUUGGAGAUCCUCAGGUAUUCUACUUUGGAGUUUUUGACGGGCAUGGAGGAGUUCAGUGUUCCCAUUUUCUUCGAGAUGAGUUGCAUGGCUACAUUGAAGAGGCAUCAUCUGAAUUUGGCCUCCAGAGCAGCCUGCGGAAAAAGAACCCUUGGGAAGUAUCCAGAAGGCCCGUUACCAAGGAGCAAGCCCUUGAUAACGUAAACAUGAAAAAGCCUGAUGAGGUGAAGGGCGAUGCCCAGCUUCCAGAACGUGAUGGUAACACACGGCAAGCCCCACGGCAUGGAGAUCCUCUGCCCAGUGCCGAGUCCGAGCCUGUCGAAGUAUCGGACUAUGAAAAGGCCAUCAAGUUGAAGAAGGGUCUGGUGCAAGAGUACAGAGACUCAAUUGGUGGCUACUUUCGUCGUUUUCAGCCAGAGCAUUUUAACCUCACAGACGGUGGUGAGAAUCAAACCAUUUCGGUUGAAGCGGCCCUUGCCUACGCAUUUCUCCGCGCCGAUUUGGACUUUGUCUCGGCACAGGCUCGGAAAGUCGACCCGGACGAUAUCCGGGUCAGCGAUAGCCCCCUGAACAACGACGAGAUACUGGGUGAGCCUCACGCCACGCCGUCAGGCCACGACAUUGGUGGUGCUACGCGGUUCAAGGGGGGGUCUACUGCGUCGAUUGCGCUCAUCUCCACACCCACGCCUGCGCCCUUUUGGCACCCUGGCGCACACUCGUCGCUCAUUGUAGCACACGUCGGCGAUACUCGCGUAUUGCUGUGCGAUACAGCGACGGGCCUUGCUCAACCCUUGACGUCAGAUCACCAUCCUACCACGCCACGCGAGAGCAAUCGCCUGCGUCGAUACGCCCCAGCCGGUUCCAUGGUGUCUGGAGAUAGUUUUGGAGAAGAGCGCAUUGCAGGCCUGGCCAACAGCCGAGCCUUUGGCGACGUCAAGAGCAAGCGGAUAGGCGUCUCUGCAGAGCCCGAGAUCACCAGGGUAGAGCUCGGCCCUGCUCAGUAUUCGUUCAUCGUGCUCAUGAGCGAUGGUGUGUCUGGCACCCUCAGCGACCAGGAGAUUGUAGAUGUCAUCAAGGAAGCUAAAACCCCAGAGGAAGGUGCUCGUCGAGUUGUCGAGUACGCGACCGAAGUUUCCGACGAUGGCGAUAAUGCGACAUGCCAGGUUGUGCGACUGGGCGGCUGGGAGCGUCGGUCUGAAGGGGGCUUGGGCAGUCUGGGGACAAAGGAGUUUAGGGACAUUAGACGUGCGGAGGCUCAGGAUCCGCGACGACGCUCGAAGCGGUAA